CAAAUGGACAAUCUCACAAAAGUAACAGAAUUCCUGCUCACAGGAUUUUCUGAUAUAUGGGAGCUCCAGAUAUUGUAUGCUGGGCUUUUUCUGUUGAUUUACCUGGUAACACUAUUGGGGAAUCUUCUCUUUAUGAUGGUCAUUACUCUCGAUCAGUGUCUUCACACACCCAUGUACUUCUUCCUGAAGAACCUCUCCUUUUUGGAUUUGUGCUACAUCUCAGUCACCGUGCCUAAGUCCAUCCACAGCUCACUGGUGCACAACAACUCCAUCUCUUAUCUUGGCUGUGUGGCCCAAGUCUAUUUUUUCUUUGCUUUUGCAUCUGCUGAGCUAACCUUUCUCACCGUCAUGUCCUAUGACUGCUAUGUUGCCAUUUGCCAACCCCUCCAAUAUGGAGCCAUGAUGACAUCAGGAAAAUGCCACCAGAUGGCAGCCAUAGCCUGGCUAAUUUGUUUUUCUUAUGCUGCAGUCCACACUGGCAACAUGUUUUGGGAGGCCAUUUCAAGAUCCAACAGAAUCCACCAGUUUUUCUGUGACAUCCCUCAUGUGCUGGCCCUCGCUUCCUGUGAGAUUUUCUUUGUUGAGUUUGUGACUCUGGCACUGAGCUCAUGCUUGGUCAUGGGGUGCUUUGUUUUUAUGAUCAUCUCGUAUUACCAGAUCUUCUCAACAGUGUUCAGGAUCCCUUCAGUAGAGAGUCGAGCAAAAGCCUUCUCCACCUGCUCCCCACAGCUAAUUGUCACCGUGCUCUUCCUCACCACAGGGCUCUUUGCUGCCUUGGGACCAAGAGACAAAACUUCAUCUAUUCAAGAUCUGGUGAUUGCUACAGCAUAUAUGGUUUUGCCCCCUUCCUGA